CAGUCAACAUUUCUCGUUCUAGAUGCUGCACAAUGUCAAAACCAGAACUGCUGCUGUCUAGUUAGGCAUCUUACUAGGGUUUGAGACGCCUCCACAGGCUUAAACUCUCUCUCUCUCUCUCUUUAUUCUGUUACUGAUCAGUUCUUCAGAGGUUGAACUGGUUAGUUCAGAUCACUCACUCAUCCAUCAGAUCGCGCGCAGGGAGCCUCUGGCCGUCGCGUCGCGUCGCGUUUUCCGCGUCCCGAAUCGCGUCGCACCUGUCGCUUCACACACACUCAAUGAGGGAAUACGACACGUCAGUACGUCACCGACACCGAAUCCCGCCCCGAACCGUGAAUCCAUCAUCCUCUCAGAUGCGGUCGGAGCUGCUGGAGUGAUGAGGAGAAAGAUGAAGAUGAAGUGAUGAUGAUGUUUGAUGAGGACUGAUCGCUUCAGGUGGAUCUAAAUGACUCAGUUUGGACUCAAAGAUUCUGACGGCCGCAGAUGUUGAACAGACACACAUGAGAUCCAGCGGAGCCACCGAUGAGCUUUAAUCAGGAGAUACGCUUCGCCCACAGAAUAUGCCACCAUGAACCUGACGCUGAGCGCCGAGCCUGGAAUAUUCCUGACCAACAGCUCCCCGGGGAUGCGGGCCUAUCUCGUCACAGCUUUCGUACCACAUGACGUCCAGACCGAUCGGCCUGCCAACGAUUCGCUCCUGGCCAACUUGACCGGCAGCCACAAUGGCACGUCGCCAGUGACGUACGACCCGCUCGGCGGCCACACCGUCUGGCAGGUCGUGAUGAUCGUGUUCUUGUGUGGCUCGCUUUCCUUAGUCACCAUCAUCGGGAACAUCCUGGUCCUGGUGUCGUUUAAAGUCAACAAGCAGUUGAAGACGGUGAACAACUAUUACUUGCUCAGCCUGGCAUUCGCCGACCUCAUUAUCGGUGUGCUUUCGAUGAACCUCUACACCACUUACAUCAUCAUGAACCAAUGGGCUCUUGGGAACUGGGCAUGUGACUUGUGGUUGGCCAUUGAUUAUGUGGCCAGCAACGCGUCCGUCAUGAACCUUCUGGUCAUCAGCUUCGACAGGUACUUCUCCGUCACGCGCCCCCUGACGUACCGAGCCAAACGGACCACCAAACGAGCCAUGACCAUGAUUGGACUCGCCUGGUCCAUUUCGUUCAUCCUAUGGGCGCCGGCCAUCCUCUUCUGGCAGUAUUUCGUGGGAAAGCGGACGGUCGAGUCGGACGCAUGCUACAUCCAGUUCCUCACGGAGCCGAUCACUACGUUUUGUACGGCUAUUGCCGCGUUCUACCUGCCCGUCACCAUCAUGACCGUCCUCUACUGGCGGAUCUACAAGGAGACAGAGAACCGUUCCAAGGAGCUGGCUGGGUUGAAGGGUUCAGGAAACCAAGGGAAUCCGGAAGAACCGGGAAGCUCACGCAGUCAUAGCAGUUACGAGCUGCAUCCAUCCAGCCAGAGAAAUUCUGGGAAAACGAAAGCGGGGCGUUUGUGGUUCUGGCCGUCGAGUCGAACAUCCGGCAGCGGCGACACGGACCGCAGCAGCAGCGACAGCUGGAAUAACAAUGAGACGGCUGUGUCUAUCGACCAAUCGGACGAUGACGAAGAAGAGGACGUUGAAGACGCCCGUCCCAUCUACUCGGUCGCGCUCGAAGGACGCGGAGACUCCGAUAGCCUCCAACCGACGGACGCAGAGGCAAGACCAUCCAGAAAGGGAUGUUCCUCAGCGCCGAAAGACCAACCCAACGCCAACAUCUCUCACAAAGACGCCAAACGCUUCAUCUGCAAGACCAAAACACAAGUCAACAAGCGCAAAAAGAUGUCUCUGGUGAAAGAGAAGAAGGCGGCGCAGACGCUGAGCGCCAUUCUCCUGGCCUUCAUCAUCACCUGGACGCCGUAUAACAUCAUGGUCCUGCUGAACGUGUUCUGCUACGAGUGCAUCCCCAGGACGCUAUGGGCAUUGGGUUACUGGCUGUGUUACGUCAACAGCACGGUCAAUCCCAUGUGUUACGCUCUCUGCAACAAAACCUUCCGCACCACCUUCAGAUCCAUUCUGCUGUGUCAGUGGCGUCAGAAGAAACCCAACAAACCGCAGAUCCAGCAGAGACAGCCGGCGGCGACCUACCGGAAACAAAGUCCGGAUUGAAGGUCGACAUUGUGCGUUUGUUUCUGAAGGGCUGUGCAGUAUUGAUGUUUAUAGGUGCCUCAGUUAAACGCUGCAAACGUGAUGUUCUUCCUCUUGUUUUCCAGUACAAAUAUCCAAAACAUUCUUAAAUCAAGAUGCAUUUACUGGAGAAGCAAAAUUAUAUAUAUAAAUUAAGUAGGGUUUUCAGAAGUACCGACUUCUGUACCAAGUUGGUAGUGAAAUUUUAAAAAUGUGACUAUACCAGCAUUUCCCCCUAGCAUUCUUUGGCCCAAACUGGGGUACGUGAGGUGACGAGGGGGUACGCGAACUUUAAGAAUUCUACCUUAAAGUAAUAUUAAAACUGAGCAUGUAUUUCUAAAUGCCAAAAUGCCGUAAAUCCAGUACAUUUAAUCAAAGUACCUCAUCAUUUGCAGUCAAAAAUGACUGUAUCCACAUA